GGAUUUCAAUCGCUGUUACGGGCAUUUAGGAGAUCUUGUUUCGCAUCACAAGAUGACUCAUUGGAACGCUACUUGCAGCGUUGAUAAAUUCUCGCUGGAUGGCUCUUUCACUGUAUUCUUCUUUUUAGGGGAUUUUAGUCCUGAUGUUGAAAGCUGGAUCGUAGAUUCUCAUCUUGCCGGAUUCAGUGGAAUAUUCGCCAACUCAAGAGCCGCCAUCACCAUCGGGGCUUGUGCAAACUGCGCAAAGCACGAAGCAGGUGGGAUUAAGUACAUGGACACUGUAGCACUGACUCCUGCGCUUUUGACCUACUGGGAUAGCCAGGAGGAACACUAUGGCUGUCGUGUCGGCGACUUGCGUCCAGACUAUGUUCUACCGUUCCUCGCUCGGAAUCUUCACUGGCGAGUUGUAAAUAAUCAUGGCGCUCAAGCCCCUCGUGAGACUAUCCCUUCAUUGAAAGUGAUGGUCUAUCCUGAGAUAGUCACUUUGCCUCAUAAUAUUGCAGACAAGCCUCGGUUCGAAGGCCAGAAUGUUCAUUAUGAGGUUACCAAUGGAAGACCGGGUGGAAUGCACACAGUACCUGCCAAGUUUCUGGGCUUUGGUUAUCUAGGCCAUUUCCUGGCGACUAUUCUCGCCAUCAAAUUGGUCGCAGCCAAGCUCCAUGGGGACUUCAACGUAUUGUCUAGAACGGUCCUCGCCAAAUUGAUGAGGACACUUAAAUGCGUUAGAGAAUUGCUCCUCUCGAGGCAGGUCUUGACAAUUGUUAAGCCUGUAUCAUUUGGUCUAAUCUUCUUGCAACAGUUCCCUACUUAA